GUCUGGUCUAGACUAUUCCAGUCUCCGGCGCUCAGCCCUGUUUCUACCACUUAGUCUGCUCUGUGUCCCGUAUCCAAUGAAGAAGAUGGCUGUCGCCAAAGCGGUCCAUUGAGGCUGUCCCGCAGUCUUCACAGCCAUUGCACAUGCAUUGAGACUACAUUCGGCCAGUUCUAACUAGUAUAUAUUAGUGUAAUCCACUAAUAAGCUCUCGCCCACACUGAUUCUCAUCUUAAAUUGAAGCCCCUCCCCCCAGUGCGCGGUCCAGUUUAUCGCACCUCACAUGCGAAACAGACGGCAUCAAUGCAUCUUCUCACCCUCCUGGCUGGAAUCAUCUUCCUCCAUGCGGUCAAUGGCAGUCCCCAGCCCAGCGCCUCGUCACCGACCGAGUCCUCGUCCUUCUCCAAGACGACCAAAUACCCUCUCCCCAAUGUAGGGAACGUGGCCGUCCACGACCCCAACAUCCUCCGCUACGACGGGACCUACUGGCUCUUCAAGGGCGGAGUCCACCUCCCCAUGUACAAGUCCCAGUCCCUGGACGGACCCUGGACGCAGCUCGGCACCGUCCUCGACGGACCCAGCGAGAUCCAGAAACAGAACAGCAGCCGCCCCUGGGCGCCCACCGCCAUCGAGUGGAACAACACCUUCUACUGCUUCUACUCGAUCAGCAAAGCCGGCAGUCGCGACAGCGCCAUCGGUGUGGCGACCGCCACCCAGUUAGAUCCUGGCAGCUGGUCGGACCACGGGGCCGUCAUCAACACGGGCCACGGCAACGGGUCGGAUAUCUACCCGUACACGGUCUCGAACGCCAUCGACCCGGCCUUCAUCAAGGAUCAGACCACGGGGCAGCCGUACCUGCUGUAUGGGAGCUACUGGCAUGGGAUCUACUUGGUGCCGCUGGCUGCGGACUUGCUCUCGGUCAAGGAGCCCGAGCGCCAGAAUGCGACGACGAAUCUGGUUUAUGUGCCCGAUGAGAAGGUGAAACCGGUCGAGGGGUCGUUUAUGAGCUACAGAGAGCCGUACUAUUAUGCUUGGUUCAGUCAUGGCAAGUGUUGUGGAUUCCAGAAUGGGUUUCCUGCUGUAGGGAAGGAGUAUAGCAUCCGGGUUGGACGGUCGAAGGAUGUCCAGGGGCCGUUUGUGGAUAAGGAUGGACGGCAAUUGACAGACGGAGGCGGGACGGUGGUCUAUGGCUCGAACCAUGGGACCGUGUAUGCUCCUGGGGGUGUUGGGGUUCUGUCUGGUGCCGAUGGGGAUUCCGAUGUUCUGUACUAUCAUUACCUCAAUACCUCGAUUGGGUUCCAGGAUACCGUGAGUAGAUCUACCGUGAGGGGAGAUUCCUGGUUGACUCCGACUCUAGGAUGCGCAGUUGGGAUGGAAUUACCUCGACUACAAAGACGGAUGGCCAGUCGCUGUUUCUGGCGACAACAGCACCGGAACGAGCGAAAGCAGCGGAGUCGUGUUUGGACCUGAUUAUACGCUUCAUGCUUUCUCAUUCCUUUGUAUGUCCCCAUUCCCCUUUCCAUGCAUUAUACUAAUAAUGCGUUCAGUCAUUUGGGGAUACCUUCGGCUACAUAGUUGAAAGCCAUGCUAUCCGCCUU